CUCUCUUCGGUGCGGGGGGGGGAGCGGCGCGGCGCGGCGCGGUGGGGCUGUCAUGGCGACUAACAUCGAGCAGAUCUUUCGGUCCUUUGUGGUCAGCAAAUUCCGGGAGAUUCAGGAAGAGCAGGAGCAGCAGCAGCAGCACGGCGGUAGUGGAAAGGUGGAAGGCCAGCAGAACGGUGAGCCAGCCCCGGGCCCGGCGGAGCCAGCCAUCCCUUCUGAUGCCACAGCGUCGGGCACUGCCGGGAGUCAUCCGAGUGAUCAGAUAGUACAGAAAAUAGAGGAAGUCCUCUCUGGGGCCCUUGAGACUGAGCCACAGCUUAAAUCAGAUGUAGAUGUAGACACAGCAAAGAGUACAUCUCAGUCUUCAAAAAGAGGUCCUACUGAUGAAGUAGAAGAUGAAAUUCCAAGAAAAAAGUCCAAGAAAAACAAGAAACACAAAAGCAAGAAGAAGAAGAAGAAGAAGAAGAAGAAAAGGAAGAAAGAAAAAAAACAUAAGAAGCAGCCAAAGGAAUCAAAAUCGAGUGCACAGCAUGGAGGGCAUGCAGACUUACAACCUGCUUCUCACUUGAAACCAGAAAAAAUGAUUGCAGAGCAUGGAGACCAUGCAGUUUCAGAUCAUGCCUGCCACAUGCAGUCAGAAGAAGUGAGCUCAAAAAUAAGUGAAGAACAUGGAAGACAUUCAGGUAUAGGACUUGUUUCUCAUUUGCUAUCAGAUUCUCAAUCUCUGGAAAACCUUCAGAGUGAAAAAACAAACUUGACCAUCAGUGAUACAUGCAGUGCAUUCAAUUUACAAACUGGCAAACUUGAUCACCAUGAAGAGAAUGCUAGUAUAACUACAAUUAAAGAUUGCACUAAAGAAGAGCCAGCUAAAGUAAAGCAGCUGAGUGAGCCUCAUGAAAGUAUGUAUCAUAUAGCUGUUAACAUGAGUGAAAAUGAUGUACCUUUGACUGUUGAUGCUGAAAGUGGUACUUCAUUUACCAGUAGAACUAGAGUUGCUAGUAAGUCUGAAAUUGAAAAAGAUUUGGAAGCUGCUUCAACCUCUGGGAGAAUAAAAGCGCUUGAAGAUUCAAAAACUAUUCUGAAAUCUGUGAGCACUGGGGAAACAAAAGAUUCAGAAACAACCGCAGAAUCAGAGGCCACAGCACAAGUGAAAUACCUUGAAACAACUCUAAAAUCUGUGACUGUGGCGGGGACACACAUUUUGGAAACAUCUCUAAGAUCUCAGUCUCUGGGAAGUGAUUUGGUAUCUGUGUCAAAAUCUGUGGCUGAGAUGGAGGUUUUGGAAACAAGCGAAGGACCUAUGCACGCGACAGAGGUGAAACAUUCAGAAGCGACUACAGGUUCUGCGCUCGUGGGAAAUAUGAAAGAUUCAGAAGCAGCUGUGGAGCCUGUAAUUGUGGCAGGCACAGAAACAUUCUUGGAAUCAGUGACUGGGGCAGAUAAAGAGUCUGUGCACAUAGGGGACAUGAAAAAUUCAGGUAAAGUUCUGGGACCUGUUGCUGUUUUGAAGGCUUCGGAAGCAGCCCUGGCAGCAACGGCUGUGACGGAGGUGAAAGGUUCAGAAGCAUCUAUGGCAUCUGUGCAUGUGGGUCAUAGGAAGGAUUUAGUCUUGAAAUCUAUGGCUAUAGCGCAUGUUUUAAAAGCAGUCCAGGAACCUGUGUCUGUGAUGGAAGUAGAAGGUUCAGAAUCAACUCAAGAAUCUCUACAAAUUGAAGAACUCAAAGAUUCAGCUGCAGCUCCAGAGCUUAUGAGAGGGGCAAAAAAUACUGAAACUGCAUCAGAAUCUCCAACUAUAGUUCCUGAAGCAACUCAAGAAAUUGUGCCUAUAGAAAAGGUGAGAGGCCCAGAAAAAUAUCUGAAAAUGAAAGGAGAGAGUGCUUCAGUAACGAUCCUAGAAUCCUCAGCCAGGCCAGAAGCAAAAGACCCACAGUUAAUCCACGAGCAUAUGGCCAUGGUGGAGGCUAAAGUAUUGGAAGCAGCUCCGUUGUCACUUAAAAUGAAAGGUGUGAAAGUUCUAGAAACAACCUUAGAUACAAUGGCAACAGAGAAAAGAGUUGAAACAAUUCCAGUAUGUCUGCAAAUGGAUGAUACAAGAAAUUUAGAGGCAGCUGCAGGAACUGUGGCAGAGGUGAAAAGUUUGGAAGCAACAUCUCUAUCUCCGCAAACAAAGAGUGUCAGAGAUUUGGAAGGAAAACUAGGAUCUGCGGGUCUGGUGAAAGUUUUGGAAGGAGCACUAGAACCUGUAGUUGUGGCGGUUGAUUCAAAAGUGGCCUUAGAACCUGUGGCAGUGACUAAGUUUCCAGAAACAACUCUGCAGCUGGAAGGUGCAAAAGACUCAGAAAGGGCAGAAUUACCUCAGUUGUCCAUGCAGACAGAACAUACAAAAGCUUCAGAAGUAGCUCUUGGGUCUGUAGCUGUAGCAAAGAUGAAGACUUUGGGAGCAGUUGUAGAGUUUGUGGCUCUAACAAAGGUGAAGGAUUCAAAAGAAACUGUAAAAUCUGAGGUCACAAUAGAGUCUAAAGAUAGGGAGAAGUCAAACAAAAGAGCUUUAAUCUCUGAGACAUCAAAGGUGAAAAGCUUGCAAACUGUUAUGGAAUCAAAGGCGGCAUCAGCAGAAGUGAAGCUUUUGGAAGCAUCCAGAUUUGAAGUAAUGUCUGAGAUGAAAGACUUCGAAUCAGUUGUAGAACAAGUGGCCACAGCAGAAGCCACGUCUUCAGAACUAUCUCUGCAGUCUCAGGCAGUGGCAGAGCUGAAAGCUUCAGAAACGCCUAUGGAAGUUCAGGCCAUGGCAGAAGGAAAAAACUUGACAUCUCUACCAUCCAAAGUCAUGACAGAAGCAAAAGAGUUGGAAAUAACUCCACAGACUGAGGCUGUGGUAGAGGACAAAAAUUUUGAAAUUGCUCCAAAGUCUGUGGCUGCCAUAACAGACAGAAGAUACUUGGAAACUACAGCAGAAUUUGAGACUAUGCCAGAGGUGAAGGAGUUGGAAACCGUAAAAGACUCUGAAGCAGUUCUUGAAUCUGAGACCAUCACAGGGAUGAAAGUUCCAAAAUUGCUACCCAUAACAAUGGUAAAAGCUUUGGAAGCACGUUCAGAAUCUCUGCCCUUGGCGGAUGUGCAAAAUUUAGAAUUAGGUAGAGUCUGUGACAGUAUGACUGUGGUUACUGCUGCAGAACCUAACAUCAUCACAGAGGCAAAAUGUUUAAAACCUAUUCCCGAAUCUCUGCACACAAAAAGUAUAAGAGAUUCAGAAGCAGUUCCAGAACUUCUGCACACAGCAGUGGUAAAAGUUGCAGGAUCAACAGUAGAAUUGGAGGCAGGAGAAGUGAAAAAUUUGGAAGCUACUUCAAGAUAUGCGAUUGAAAAAACAAAACCUGUAGAAAUAAGAGAUUCAGAAACUGUUCUAGCAUCUGAAACCAUGAUGGAGGUGGAGGUAUUAGAAACUACUUCAGAAUCUUCUAUCAGAGCAACAUUAAACAAUUCAGAAACUAUUUCAAUGCUUAAUGCUGACCAAAAGAAAGAUUUUGAAAUGGCUUUAAAAGCAGAGGCUUUGGUAGAAAUGAAAGAUUUGGAAGUAGCUCCAGAAAUGUUGGGCACUGCAGAAGUGAAAUGUUUGGAAGAAGUUCCAAAAUCUGCAAGCGUAACACAGAUGAUAACAUUGCCUUAUGUGAAAGAUUUGGGAACAGUGAUAGGUGUAGAGGAUUUCAAAACUUUACCAGGUCAUACUGCAGAUGUGAAAAUUCCAGACCCAGAUCAAGAAUCUAAGUUAAUGGUGGAAGUGAAAAGUUUGGAAACAGUAACCAUUGCAGAGGCAAAAAAUUUAGAAGCAACUACAGAUUCUUUGCAUACAGCUCAUGUGACAACUUUGGAAGCAGGCCAAAGACCCAAGGUACCACCUGGGGUAAAAGUCUUAGAUGCAGCUCUGGGACCUGGACCUGUGUUGCUGGCAGUGGCAAAACUCUCAGAAGCUGCUUCACGGCCAGGACCUCUAGUGCCAGCAGGGGUAAGAGUCUCAGAAAUUGCCUCAGGGCCUGAACAAGUGGUACCAGCAGUAGCAAAAAUCUCAGAAGCUGCCUCAAGGCCUGUACCUGUAGCACUGACAGGGGCAAGAGUCUUGGAAGCUGCCCCAAGUUCUAGACCUGUGAUGCCAGCAGUGGCUUCAAAGCCUGGACCUGUAAUGCCAGCAGUGACAAAAGUUUCAGAGCCUGUCCCAAGGCCUGGGCCUGCAGUGCUGGCAGUGACAAGAGUUUCACAAGCUAUUCCAGGACCUGUGGUGCCAGCAGUGGCAAAAGUCUCGCAAGCUGCCCCAGGGCCUGGGCCCUCAACACCAGCAGUGGCAAAAGUCUCGCAAGCUGCCCCAGGGCCCGUGGCGCCGGCAGUGGCAAAAGUCUUGCAAGGUGCACCAGGGCUAGGGCCCGCAGCGCCAGCAGUGGCAAAAUCUCGCAAGCUGCCCCAGGGCCUGUGGUGCCGGCAGUGGCAAGAGUCUCGCAAGCUGCCCCAGCGCCAGGGCCUGUGGUGCCAGCAGUGGCAAGAGUCUCGCAAGCUGGCCCAGGGCCUGCGGUGCCAGCAUUGGCAAGAGUCUCGCCAGCUGCCCCGGGGCCGGGGCCUGCGGUGCCGGCGUUGGCAAGAGUCUCGCCAGCUGCUCCUGGGCCGGGGCCUGCGGUGCCGGCGUUGGCAAGAGUCUCGCCAGCUGCUCCUGGGCCGGGGCCUGCGGUGCCGGCGUUGGCAAGAGUCUCGCCAGCUGGCCCAGGGCCGGGGCCUUCAGUGCCGGCGUUGGCAAGAGUCUCGCCAGCUGGCCCAGGGCCGGGGCCUUCAGUGCCGGCGUUGGCAAGAGUCUCUCCAGCUGCCCCAGGGCCGGGACCUGUGGUACCAGCGUUGGCAAGAGUCUCUCCAGCUGCUCCAGGGCCGGGGCCUUCGAUGCUGGCAUUGGCAAGAGUCUCUCCAGCUGCCCCAGGGCCAGGCCUUGUGAUGCCGGCAGUGGCAAGAGUCUCACCAGCUGCUCCAUGGCUUGCAGUGCCGGCAGUGGCAAGAGUCUCACCAGCUGCCCCAAAGCCAGGGCCUGUGAU